CAAUCUGGAGGUGCAGUCAUCAAGAACAGUCUUGGCGAGGAGUUUUACAAGGAGGCCAUUGAACACUGUCGCAGCUACAAUGCCCGUCUGUGCGCAGAACGCUCCAUGCGUCUCCCCUUCCUCGAUUCCCAAACAGGUGUGGCCCAGAGCAACUGCUACAUCUGGAUGGAGAAGAACCACCGCGGACCAGGCCACGCUCCAGGACAGUUGUACACAUACCCCGCUCGCUGUUGGCGCAAGAAGAGACGGCUAAACAUUUUGGAGGAUCCACGGCUUGUACCAAUUGAGUUUAAGAUUGACUAUGAAGCGUCUCUGAAGAAGGAAGGGGGGAUCCCAGAUGGCCCUGUUUUAGAGUCUUUGCUUGCUGGGGAAACCCUGGAUAAGAAGGUGGAAACUAAAGAGGAAGAGCCAAUGAGUGAAUGUCAGAAACUGCUUGUUGGGGAUUUUCCUCAUGAACUUGAGGCAGACGAGAUGGAGGAAGACGUGCCGAAACGCAAGAAUCGUACCAAAGCACGGGCCUAUGGCGUCGGGGGCAUGAGAAAGAGACAAGAGCUUCCCGCCAUUGAAGACAGAGACAAGCCUUACGUCUGUGACAUCUGCGGAAAGCGAUAUAAGAACCGCCCGGGGCUGAGUUACCAUUACACUCACACACACUUGGCGGAUGAAGAGGGUGAGGAAGACUCAGAGCGACAUACACUGCCCUUCCAGCGCAAGAACAACCACAAGCGUGAGUUUUCUGUGCGAUAA